CGCAAAUCUUUGUUGUCUCUCCUUUCCACAAAAAUAUUCAUUUUAUUACACUUUACACAAACCUGUUGCGUUUUACAUACAUCUUAUUGUGACUUUUAAGCUGGUGGUCAGGCCGGCGAACGUGCGCAGCAGAACCUCGCCGACCGAUGACGUCAUCACGCGCGUGGGCACCCCUUCACCAUUGCUUUGCCUCAUGGCUGCGCACGGAGACCGCGCAUGAGCAGAUUCGGAUUUAUGCAGAAGCAGAAGCAGCUCCGCUCCACCGCCGCGCCUAGAAAACAGCCGGGUCUCCGACGAUGAGAGCGAUAGGGCGACAGACUAAGAGCGUCACACCCGAAAAACAGGAAGCGCGGCGCGAAAACGCUUCUGCUCAAGAAUGAAUGCCAUGACUUCGGUCCAGUCCCGAAAAUUGCACCGAUGAAGCGACGGCGAAACAUCAGCGAGUUGCAGAAUAUCUGGAGUUACGAGCUCGCGUUACCGAGCAAAAGCGUGCGUGCAACCAGACGCGUCGACAAAACGAUCCGGGCCUGUGAGUCAUGGAGAACUCGGUCUUUCCCUUGACCGAGUCUCGAAGCAUAACCACACAGAAAACUUGGAUAAGUUUGCAAGCAUAACUACGCAUAAACCUUACCGAACCAAUAAUAACCUAGGUGGGGCUGCCAGCUUCGCUGUUUGCCGAGUCUUCGCGCCACACGUGCGAAGCUUCCCCCAAUUUUUUUCUUUUCCUUCCAAUGUUUGAAUUUAGUAUCAAAACUGUAUAAACAAAUCCAGUCCUGCCUGGACCACGUGCUGGCCUGCAGUGUUCCGAAAAAAAAAAACCUAAAACGGGAGGAAUCAACUGUGCGAAGGUUGACGAAAACUGGCCGGCACUGCGUAGCAGCAGCAGUAGCCGAAGCGCAUACCCCUAAGUGGACAUAAUAUCAUCAUCAGCAGCAGCAGUAGAAGCCGGAGCAACAGUAAAAGCAGAAGCCAAAGCAAGCGAAGACUCAGCUGGACCGACAUAGCUUCAAACGACCUCAACAUUCGAAGUUCAAAGUCAAGCGGGCAUCACGGAAAUUCACUAUGAUGACACCGUGCCACACUGAGGUAGUAAAACAACGAGCUGCGGAAUACUUGAAGACAAAGACAUGGGCUCGAAGAAUGCAAGAUACAGACAAGAAAUGGGAAGAAAGAGACCGUCACCACAGCCUGCACAGGGUCAACAUGAAACCUCCGAGGAACUGAGGGCAAUGGUGGAGACCUUCAUGGAUGUCGUUAUGAACAGUAUCAUGUCUAUAACGCGGAAUUCGGUCCUGACGCUAGGGAGACACUGACGGACUUGUAACAAGCUAUCGUGGCGCAAAUAGAGCGCAUCAGAGCUAUGGGGCAAAAAUAAACACAGAACAGGCGCAAGUAUACCCAAUCCGAGAAGCGCAGGUGCAAGCAGCGCUGAGAAAUCAUGAUGAAUAAAACUAAUAAAAAGAAAAAGGAGCAACCAAAACUCAAUAUCUACCAAUGAAAUUGCAACUAUAUCAAUCGUAAUGAGAAAACCUACUGAAAUAUUCCAAUCAGUAUCGAUGGGAUUAGUAGCCUUGCAUGAAACGGAGAUCGAAGGCUUCAUCGUCAGAGGCUAUCGCGCUCACGUAGCUCAUGGAAGGCAAAGAACCGCCAUCUUCACGAAGAAUGGUGUAACAACGCAGCAACAUCAGCUUGUCCACUGGAUGGAGAUUCUGGCAGUGGCAGUGACGGCUAAAGCACGCUGACUAACGAGGCUUCAUCGUAUUUUGCAGUCGGUGGUUGCUGGCGACUCGUCCUGAUUUUCGCAAAGGAGGCUUCGUCUGCGGCAAGGCUGUUCUCCGUCUGCACGGUCGUCGUGGACGGCAUUGCCUUCGAGUGUGUUGAAGGUGUCGACAAUCGUCAGUACCCCCAUAUACACAAAGCAAGAGCAAUAAGAACUGAUAUCGCUUGAAGAUAGUGGGUGGUUUGUUUGUCCCAGCAUUCUGGCAGUGGAAGCGAGGGCGAAUGGGCAGGAAAGAGCGACUACCAUGUGCACGCUUGACAAUCCGUUCUGCUUCCUUGCUGUACAGAUUCCCGUUCUUCUUGGCACGUGGCUAUCUGCACCAGCCCGGGGAUAUGCCGACACCGCUGCAACAUCACCGUGCUCUGUGGCAACAAAUUGGACCAAAGAUCUUAACGCUCUGGCCAACGUUAUACUGCGACCAACGACACCUUGCGGCCCCGGCACAUCAACGGCGUCAACCGAACUUAUAAAAGCCUGCAGUCCCAACGACUUCUUCAGUGGGCAGGAAAGAGCGACUACCAUGUGCACGCUUGACAAUCCGUUCUGCUUCCUUGCUGUACAGAUUCCCGUUCUUCUUGGCACGUGGCUAUCUGCACCAGCCCGGGGAUAUGCCGACACCGCUGCAACAUCACCGUGCUCUGUGGCAACAAAUUGGACCAAAGAUCUUAACGCUCUGGCCAACGUUAUACUGCGACCAACGACACCUUGCGGCCCCGGCACAUCAACGGCGUCAACCGAACUUAUAAAAGCCUGCAGUCCCAACGACUUCUUCAGUGGGCAGGAAAGAGCGACUACCAUGUGCACGCUUGACAAUCCGUUCUGCUUCCUUGCUGUACAGGUUGGUGACUGCCCUUCCUUGCACGCUAAACGUACCAGCAAUAUUUGUACGCUGCUCUUCCCCUGCCCACAAGUGUUAGUUUCUACAGUAUGUGAUUGUAUUCAUGUUGUUAAACUUUUGAUGUUAGCAGGCGACAUUGAGUCAAACCCGGGACCAACUGAUACUAAUCCAAAUGCCGAUGUGCUAGCUGCUAUCACUGCCCUGUCUGAAAAAUCGGAUGCCCGUCACAUUGAGUUGAUGGAUACUUUAACACAGCUUAAGGCGAACCAAGUUGAGCUAGAGCAGAAAGUAUGCGACCUUACUAACAGGCUUGCGGCUGUCGAAUCCCAGGUACUGUCGCUGGACAGUGAACGUGUUCCUGCGCUCAACGAUGCCAUAUCCGAAGCAGUUCGUGCGGAGUCAGGUGCAAUAAAUUCACGGCUAGACGAUCUCGAGGAUCGCUCCCGUCGAGAUAACCUGAUUUUUUUCGGUAUCCCGGACACUUGCUCUGAAACAUGGGCAGAAUCUGAAGAACACGUUCGAAAAAUUCUUUCAGAAAAACUGGAUCUAUCUUUUCCCGACGAAAGUAUUCAUCGUGCUCAUAGACUGGGCUCGUACGUCUCGGAGAAAUGUCGACCCAUUAUAGUUAAAUUCGGUUCUCCCAAAUUAAGGGACAAGAUUAUAUCGCAACGUACGAAGUUCAAAAAUUCCAAAGUAUCAUUCAGUGAAGACUUCUCUCGCGCCACACGCCAGUCGCGCAAAAAGUUGGCUGAUUUCGGUAAGGCUUCGGGAGAGAAGUAUCUCUUGCGAUUGAACCGAUUGUUCAUCAAGAAAAAGUGCUACGUCUAUUGUUCAUCCACCGACCGUGUUUGUGAAGUAGAUAUUGCCGAAAAUCGUUCCAGUAAGAACAGAGGCACAUCUGUUUCGGCUUCCACGAAUACUGUCGGGAGUACCUCGUUCGCCGCUAGUAGUUCAUCGCUGUAGCUAUCUGCUCGCCCGGUGGCUAAACCAAUUUCCUUCCUUUUUACCAAUGUGCGCAGUGUGCGUAAUAAACGUGAUGACCUGUCUUCAGCCAUUGACUCGUGUUCAGCUGACGUUGUUAUCUUAACUGAAACUUGGCUCUCGAGUGAUAUUGCAGACUAUGAAAUCUUUCAAAGUGAAAAAGCUUUCACACUUUUUCGCUGUGAUCGUGUCUCGCGUACUGGUGGCGGAGUGUUGAUCGCCGUACGUGACGGCUUGAGUUGUUGUGUUAUAGAUAUUGCUACUCGUUUGGAAAUCGUGUGUACGCGAGUCACUCUCGGAUAUCGUGAUUUUAUUUUUUGUGUGUGCUAUCGCCCACCCAGUUCGCCCUUAACAUUUCAUUCAGAUCUACAUGAUGUAUUAAAUGAGUUAAUUGUCCGGUUCCCCUCAUGUCCACUCUUCCUUCUUGGUGAUUUCAAUUUUCCAGCAAUUAACUGGCAUGAAUCUCCUCCCUCAUCUGACUGCUCAUCUGAGUGCUCUCUCUUCAUCAACCUCUGUAUGGAUUUUAAUUUUAAGCAACUUGUCCUUCAGCCUACACGAUCUACUGACCAAUCUGCUAACAUUCUUGACCUCCUUCUCACUACUACACCGCGGCUUGUUUCAUGUUUAAGAUAUUUACCUGGUUUGAGUGAUCAUUGCCUCAUUUAUUUUGAAUUGCGCAUAUCUGUUCCCGCUACCAAAACCCCAAAAGUUAUCCGAGACUAUAAAAAUGCUGACUUUGAAUCUAUAAACAGUGAACUAAUGGAUUUUGUCACUGACUUCAUUCCAAGUGUCCACACGCGCAACAUUGACGAAAAUUGGACCUUAUUCAAAGAUAAAGUCAAUUUUUUAAUUAAUAAAUUCAUCCCUCAGAAACGCAUUAUAUCUAACUCUCAUGCCCCGUGGUUUAA